CUGGUAGCUAAUCAGAUAGGCUGACUGAACAGAAGGCAGGAAGAGAGGCAGGCAGCGGGCUGAGGAGAGGGCUGAGGUCGGUAACUCUACUCCGCUGUGAUGUCAGCAGCGGUAAUGCGCGCUGAAGCUCCGCUGGAGCAACAGCAGAACCGCCUCUACCGGGAGAAAAUCCGCUACAAGCCCGAAUGCCAGAAAAAAACGGGGAUUUGACAACAUGGCGUACUUUCUGUGGAAUAACUUUUCUUAAGACGUAACGAAGAGUUGUGCAUCCUGACGGAGACGAAUUUCGGGGAAGUUAACACAACUUUAAUUUGACCUUUAAAACAGAUUUCCCAUCUUUUUUGUAAAUACGUCUAUCAUGGGAUGAAAGUUUCAAGUUGUCGCACAGUCUUGAAGUAGGACAGGAUGGAGAAACAAGGAUCGCGAAAAGAAAAGUUUAGUGUGUUUGGGCCGCGCUCUCUGGGUCGAGCUGUGAACAUGUCGGAGGGGCGUGGCCUGAGUAAGGCGGAGUUCAUGGAGAAGGUGCGGCAGAGCAACGAGGCCUGUCAGCGUGGAGACUUCCAGAGCGCCGUGCGUCUCUAUAGCGACGCCCUGCGGGCCGACCCCCAGAACUGCAUCCUGUACAGCAACCGCUCCGCCGCACACCUGAAGCUGGGUCAGUACCAGACAGCGCUGGAUGACGCCGUGAAGGCCCGUCUGCUCAACCCCAAAUGGCCUAAAGCAUACUUCCGACAGGGUGUGGCCCUGCAGUACCUUGGUCGCUAUGCCGACGCGUUGGCAGCGUUUGCGUCUGGAUUGGCUCAGGACCCCAAAAGUCUUCAGCUGCUACUGGGCAUGAUGGAGGCCGCCAUGAAAUCCCCACUGCGCCAGUCGCUGGAGCCUACCCAUCAGCAGCUGCAGAAGAUGAAGCUGGAUAAGAGUCCAUUUGUGGUGGUGUCUGUGAUUGGUCAGGAGCUGCUCGGCGCCACCCAACACGGGGCGUCGGUUGUGGUGCUGGAGGCGGCCCUUAAGAUCGGCACCUGCAGCCUCAAGCUCCGUGGAUCUGUCUUCUCCUCCCUCAGCUCCGCCUACUGGUCGCUUGGCAACACAGAGAAGAGCACCGCCUACAUGCAGCAGGACCUGGAGGUAGCCAAAACCUUAGGUGACCAGACAGGAGAGUGCCGUGCUCAUGGGAACUUAGGCUCCGCCUUCUUCUCAAAGGGCAACUACAGAGAGGCUUUGACCAAUCACAGAAACCAGCUGGUGCUUGCUAUGAAGCUGAAGGACCGUGAGGCUGCGUCCUCUGCUCUCAGUAGUCUGGGUCACGUAUACACAGCCAUAGGGGACUACCCUAACGCUCUGGCCAGCCACAAGCAGUGUGUCCUACUGGCCAAGCAGUCCAAGGACCAGCUCUCUGAAGCACGGGAGCUUGGCAACAUGGGCGCCGUUUACAUUGCCAUGGGCGACUUCGACAACGCCGUGCAUUGCCACGAGCAGCACCUGAGCAUCGCCAAGUCGCUAGGCAACCAGCGUGAGGAGGCGCGCGCCUACAGUAACCUGGGCAGCGCGUACCACUACCGACGGGACUUUGACAAGGCGCUGUCCUACCACACGCGGGUGCUGGACCUGGCCGGUGCGCUGCAGGAGAGGCCCAUCCAGAUGCGGGCCUAUGCUGGACUGGGCCACGCUGCGCGCUGCAUGCAGGACCUGGAGCGGGCCAAGCAGUACCACCAGAACCAGCUCAGCAUUGCAGACGAGCUCAAGGACCAGGCCGCACAGGGACGAGCCUCCUCCAACCUAGGUAUAAUCCAUCAGAUGUGUGGGGACUAUGAGACGGCCCUGAAGCUGCAUAAGGCCCACCUGGCCAUUGCCCAGGAGCUGAGUGACUACGCCGCCCAGGGCCGCGCCUAUGGCAACAUGGGGAACGCCUACAAUGCUCUGGGCGUGUAUGAGCAGGCGGUGCGCUACCACCGGCAGGAGCUGCAGAUCUCCAUGGAGGUGAGCGACCGCGCCUCCCAGGCCUCCACCCAUGGGAACCUGGCUGUGGCCUACCAGGCGCUGGGCGCCCACGACCGCGCCCUCCAGCACUACCAGCACCACCUGGGCAUUGCCCGCGAGCUCCGCGACGUCCAGAGUGAGGCGCGGGCACUCGGCAACCUGGGCAACUUUCACUGCUCGCGCGGCGAGUUCGCCCAGGCCGUGCCCUUCUACGAGCAGUACCUGAAGCUGGCGCCCGACCUGCAGGACAUGGAGGGCGAGGGCAAGGUGUGCCACAACCUGGGCUAUGCCCACUACUGCCUGGGCAGCUACCAGCAGGCUGUGAAGUGCUACGAGCAGGACCUGGCUCUGGCUCGGGACCUCCACGACAAGCUGAGCCAGGCCAAGGCCUACUGCAACCUGGGGCUGGCGCACAAAGCGCUGGGCGCCUACGCCCAGGCCGAGGAGUGCCAGAGGUACCUGCUGUCCCUGGCGCAGUCGCUCGGCAACACGCAGGCGCGCUUCCGGGCCCUGGGCAACCUCGGCGAUAUCUACGUGUGUAAGAAGGACGUGGGCGGAGCCAUCCAGUUUUACGAGCAGCAGUUGGCUCUGGCGCAGCAGGGGGCGGAGCUGCGGAUGGAGGCGAGCGCGUACGCGGCGCUGGGCUCGGCCUACCGGCUGCUGCAACAGUACGAGGGUGCGCUGGCCUACCACACGCAGGAGCUGCACGCCCAGCAGCAGCUCAGUGACCAGCAGGGGGAGCUCAACGCCCACGGGCACCUGGCAGCCGUGCACAUGGCACAGGGACAGUAUGAGCUGGCGCUGCGCUGCUACGAGGACCAGCUGCAGCUAGCGCAGCUUCUGAAGGAGCCGUCGGCGGAGGCCCGCGUUUACGGGAACAUGGGCAUCACCAAGAUGAACAUGGGGGUGGUGGAGGAGGCGCUGGGCUUCUUCGAGCAGCAGCUGGCCACACUGCAGCAGCUGAGCUCCUCGCAGGCGUCGCUGGACAGGGGCCGGGCCUACGGGAACCUGGGCGACUGCUAUGACGCCCUGGGCGACUACGAGGAGGCCAUCAAACACUACGAGCAGCACCUGUCGGUGGCACAGAGCCUCAACCACCUGCAGGACCAGGAGAGGGCCUACCGCGGCCUGGGUAAUGGGCACAGGGCCCUGGGCCACCUCCAGCAGGCCCUGGUGUGUUUUGAGAAGCGCCUGGUGGUGGCCCACGAGCUGGGUGAGUGUGUGCUGAAGGCGCAGGCGUACGGGGAGCUGGGCGCACUGCACAGCCUUCUGGGAAACUACGAGCAGGGGCUCUCCUGCCUGGAGCGUCAGCUGGCUAUCGCCCGGGAGACCAGGGAUCGCCCCCUAGAGGCCGACGCUAGCAGUGGUCUGGGCGGAGUCUACCAGCUGAUGAGUGAGCACGAGAUGGCGCUGCGCUGUCACCAACUCGACUUGCAGAUUGCUACGGAAACAGGCAGUGCUGAGCGACAGGCCCGUGCCUAUGGCAACCUGGGUCUCACCUACGAGUCUCUAGGCAACCACGAGAGGGCGGUCGCAUUUCAGGAACAACAUCUUAGUAUUGCAGCAGAAACCAAUGACCUGGGGGCUAAGACACUAGCCUACGGAAGCCUGGGCAGGACACACCAUACACUGCGCAACUACGCUCAGGCGGUCAUGUAUCUACAGGAGGGUCUGCGUCUAGCGGAGCAGCUGAGCCAUCGUGAGGAUGAGGCAAAGAUUCGCCACCGGUUGGGUCUAUCACUGUGGGCCAGCGGAAACCUGGAGGAGGCCCAGCACCAGCUUUAUCGGGCGUCUGCUCUCUUUGAGACAAUGCGGCAUGAAGCUCAGCACAGCACCGACUACAAGCUCUCCCUCUUUCACCUACAGACAGCCUGCUACCAGGCCCUGCAGAGAGUCCUUGUCAGCCUGGGCCAUCAUGAUGAAGCUCUAGCGGUGGCAGAGAGGGGGCGCACUCGAGCAUUUGCUGACCUGUUGGUAGAGAGGCAAACGGGUCACCAGGAAGACCCCUACACACCGGUUACCGUGGAGACUAUCCUGGAGAAAGUCAAUGGGCAACGGGCUCUAGUGCUCUACUACUCUCUGGCUGCUGGAUACCUUUACAGCUGGCUACUCGCACCUGGAUCAGGUACACACACACACACACACACACACACACACACACAUUACUCUCUGGCUGCUGGAUACCUUUACAGCUGGCUACUCGCACCUGGAUCAGGCAUCCUAAAGUUUCAUGAGGUGUAUGUGGGGGAGGGCGUGUCCGAGGGCGGGGCCUCAGAAUUCCAGGAGAGUGGGAGUGUGGCGGGGCCUACGCCUGGCUCCUCCCUCGAACAGCACAUAGCCAGCACACGGGAGGCCCUGGGGGUGGAGUCUUACUACAGCAGAGUGUGUUCCAGCAGUGAAACUGAGAGUGACGCAGGUGACCUGCUCGACUUUGAGGAUCGCCUGUCCUCUGCCGACCCCAGUGGCUUUCUCAGGAGAGUCUCCCGGAGCAAUCUCUUCAACAGAAGCUGCCAGAGCAUGUCCAGUCUCAUGAGUGCCCCUGUGUCUCCUGUGAGGGAGAGUUCCAGUCUGCCUCGCCGCAGCAGCAGCUGCAAACCACCCCUCAGAGCCCUCUAUGACCUGCUCAUCGCCCCGAUGGAGCAGGGUUUGAUGCACUCGUGUGGAGCUGCUGGUAGACUGAAGCAGCUGGUCCUGGUGCUGGAAGGGGAACUCUAUCUGAUUCCAUUCGCCCUGCUGAAGGGCAGCUGCAGUAAUGAGUAUCUCUACGAGAGAUUCAGCCUCAUCGCAGUGCCUUCUAUCGGUGGCCUCACGGCCACGAGCAAGGGAGUAGCACGACGGCCUGGCACAGGGCAGAUUAGCGGGGGAGUUUCCAUGGCAGCAGUAGUUGGUAACCCACGGUUGCCAGCGGGAGUUAUGGAUCGCUGGUUGUGGGGGCCAAUGCCGUCUGCGGAGGAGGAGGCCCUGAUGGUAGCCGAACUACUGGGUUGCCAGGCGCUGACAGGCGGCGUGGCGACUAAAGAGCGUGUGAUGGCAGCGCUGUCGCAGGCGGAGUGUGUCCACUUCGCCACACACGUGUCCUGGAAGCUCGCCGCUCUGGUGCUGAGUCCUGCACAGGAGGGCGCCAGUGCCUCACACACACACACACAUACACACACACACACACACACACUGCCAGACGACGCCAGUGAUGCUGAAAGCAUAUGCGACAGCACCCCUCUGCAAGACAUUCUGCUCACCGCAGCCGACAUACUGGACCUCAAGCUUCCCGUCAAACUGGUUGUGCUGGGCUCAUAUCAGGAGUCGGUCAGUAAGGUGACAUCGGACGGCAUGGUGGGUCUGACUCGAGCGUUUCUCGCUGCGGGGGCUCAGUGUGUGUGUGUGUCACUGUGGCCGGUGCCUGUGGCUGCCUCCAAGCUCUUCACACACACCUUCUACUCGUCACUGCUGGCCGGAGCCAGAGCCAGCGCCGCCCUAGUGGACGCCAUGAGGAGCGUCCAGAGCAGCAAGCAGUUCUCCCACCCCUCCAACUGGGCAGGCUUCAUGCUGAUUGGCAGUGACGUGAAAUUGAACAGUGCCUCCUCUCUCAUUGGUCAAGCCCUAGCAGAGAUCCUGCAAUACCCAGACAAGGCCCGCGACGCUCUUAGGGUGUUACUGCACCUGGUGGAGAAAUCUCUGCAGCGGAUCCAAAACAGCCAGCGGAACUCCAUGUACACAUCCCAGCAGAGCGUGGAGAACAAAGUGGGUGGGGUUCCAGGCUGGCAGAACCUGCUAAUGGCCGUGGGGUUCCGCCUGGACCUGCCCGGAACCGGACUUCCUGCCGCAGUUUUCUUCCCCACUGCCGACCCAGGAGAGAGGCUGCAACAGUGCAGUGCCACACUGCAGUCACUACUGGGUCUGCCCCAUCCUGCACUUCAGGCCCUCUGCAAACUCAUCACCAUCUCAGAAGCAGGAGAACAGCUCAUCAGCAGGGCUGCUAAGACUGUGGUGGUCAUGCUCCAUCAGGUGCUGGUGCAGCUGCAGAGUGUGGAGAGGGAGCAGGACUUCCCCCUCUCUCCCAUCCAGACGUCCAUCAGUGUCCUGCUCUGGAGGCUCCCUGGCUGCCACGAGUUCCUGGCCGCCCUGGGCUUUGACCUGUGUGAGGUUGGGCAGGAGGAAGUGGUGUUAAAGACAGGGAAGCAGGCCAGUCGCCGCAUCUUGCACUUCGCACUGCAGGCACUACUUGCCUUGUUCGACUCCACAGAGCUUCCUAAGCGCUUGAGUCUGGACAGCUCGUCUUCUCUGGAGUCCCUGGCGUCGUCUCAAUCCGUGUGCCCGCCGCUGCCCUUCUCCUCGGGCUGCCCGGACAGCCUGGCAUCUGAUGCCAUCUCUCUGUACAGCCUCAGUUCAGUGGCGUCCUCCCUGAGCUUCCUCUCGCGACCAGAUGGCCUCUCCCGUCAGGCGGGUAUCCCGCGCAGCCGCUCAUCUCCCACGGCGACAGUCCCCCAGGAGGAGUACGAGGGCUUCAGCAUCAUCAGCAGCGAGCCACUGGCGUUGGCGCAGCGCGGCACCCUGCCUCGGCCUGCCGGGCACCGGGCCGCACGCGGCGGGGGAAUAGGAGGGGGUGGGGGUAGGGGUGGCCGCGCUCUUGGAGCUGGCGUGUCGUCAAGAGGCAGCGUCAGCACCCCCACGUCCCCCGUUAAAGCCCCCCCAAGCCCCAAGAAGCCGGGCAGCUCGGACACGGGCGAGUCGGACCAAUCCAGCACGGAGACGGACAGCACCGUGCGCUCGCAGGAGGAGCGACCGCCACCUCUUGACCCGCAGGAGCUCGCACAAAAGAUUCUAGAAGAGACCCAGAGCCACCUGAUCGCAGUGGAGACGCUGCAGAGGACAGCAGGGGGCACUCCAGACACUCCCGUGCCGGCUGCAAUGUCGGGGUUCCGCUCGUCGGAGACCAGCGCUUUCAGCCGGCCCACCAGCAGGGGGAGCCAGUCCGCGCCCUCCCCAAACCAGAACCCCAGACCCAAACCACCCUCCCGCACCUCGUCCCUGCAGAAAGCCAGCUCAGGCUACAACAGCCCCGCCACCUCAGACACCUCCCUCAAAGACAGCCAGGCCUCUCCCUCCCCUAACUUCAGGCUGAAAUACCCCAGUUCCCCUUAUAGUGGACACAUCUCCAGUUCCCCUAGCAAUGUCUCUCCCAGUUCAGGGCAUCAGUCUCCUGGAGGCUCAGCCCCUUCCCCCGCCCUCUCUUACUCCUCAGGCUCCUCCCGCUCCAGCCCAGGCGACGUCCCCCUGGACCGCCUCAGAUUGGCAGCCAUCGAUGAGAAGGUUCAGGCCAUCCACAACCUGAAGACGUUUUGGGUCAGCGCUUCACAGCCGCCAAUAGGGGGCCCUGUCCGCGCACUUAGAGGACGGUCCAAGAUGAGCCCCGUUCAGAGGGACGUUCUGGGACUGCUACACCUCUCCCCCAGACACAAACCAGCCAAUCAGACACAACAGGACACCAAAAACUCCUCCUCCACCAAUGGCAAGCUCCACCCUCAGAAAGACACACCUUCCAGUGGUAGCCCCGCCCCUCAACCCACCAGACUGUCUUCUGGGAACGGAUACAAGUUCUUGUCGCCAGGGCGAUUCUUCCCCUCCUCAAAGUGCUGAGGCAGCCAUCGCUUGGUGGUGUUGGACCAGUGAGAGCACCCCCCCUGUGGCCCUCUGCAGCUAUAACACACAGCAGCACAGGCAGUUGGAGAGAGCUAUCAGAUAAUCCCAAAACGGACCCCAGAUAAGGCUCAUAUCCGGAACAGAUCCGCUACAUGGCCAGGUGUGCAGGGGGAAGGAUUAUGCCAGACAGGAGUGACACCCGCUGACUCUGUUUUUUGUUUGUUUGUUUUUUUAAUAUAAUGACUUUUUAUUGUUGUUAUUAUUAGAUUGUAAUUGUUAUUACUGUUUUGUAAAUUAAAUCCACUGUUUUUGCAAUCAGUGUUAUACA